AUUAAUACAGAAGAAUACGCAUGCGUAGAAACUCUAUGAUGGUGACGGAACUUCGUAGUUACAAAAAGUAUCUCAUGUGCUUGCCGGCGAAGAUGUGAUAGAAUUCCGUGACUAAAUGAUCAUAUGAGCGAAUGUUGCGAUUAAAGAAGUGAUUUACGAUGAACCUAACUACAGGGAAUCCUCACGGUAAUGGCUUGCUUUAUGCUGGUUUCAAUCAGGAUCAAGGAUGUUUCGUUUGUGGUAUGGAAAAUGGUUUCAGAGUAUAUAAUUGUGAUCCUUUAAAGGAAAAAGUACGCCAUUUCAGUGAUGGAGGUCUUGGUUAUGUGGAAAUGCUGUUUAGAUGUAAUUAUUUAGCAUUAGUUGGUAGUGGAGCAAAACCCAUGUAUCCAACAAAUAAAGUUAUGAUAUGGGAUGACCUUAAAAAAAGAUCAGCAAUUACUUUAGAGUUCAAUGCUCCUGUAAAGGGUGUUAAAUUAAGGAGAGAUAGAAUAGUAGUAAUUUUAGAAGGAGUUAUAAAAGUUUAUACAUUUACAAGAAAUCCACAACAACUUCAUGUGUUUGAGACUAAUCCAAAUCCCAGAGGUCUGUGUGUUUUAUGUCCAAAUAGUAGUAAUUCCUUGCUUGCUUUUCCUGGUAGAAAGAAUGGACAUGUCCAAGUAAUUGAUUUGGCUAAUACAGAAAAACAACCAUUAAAUAUCGAAGCACAUGAAACACCUUUAUCAUGUAUUGCUUUAAACUUACAAGGUACUAGAUUAGCUACAGCUUCAGAAAAGGGCACUUUGAUAAGGGUAUUUGAAACACAAACUGGAAGUAUGAUUAAUGAAUUGAGAAGGGGAGCUAAUCAUGCAAACAUUUAUUGCAUUAAUUUCAAUCAUGAUUCCACUUGGUUGUGUGUGGCAAGUGAUCAUGGAACUGUACAUGUUUUUGCUGUAGAAGAUCAAAAAUUAAAUCGUCAAUCUAGUUUAGCAUCUGCCACUUUCCUGCCAAAAUAUUUUAGUUCAAGCUGGAGCUUUUGUAAAUUUCAAGUUCCGGGUGGUCCACAAUGUAUGUGUGCAUUUGGAACUGAUAAUAAUAGUAUUAUAGUAAUAUGUGCAGAUGGUAGUUAUUAUAAAUUCGUGUUUAACAAUAAAGGCGAAUGUACGAAAGAAUUUUAUGCACAGUUCCUCGAAUUAACGGACGAUAAAAUGUGAUUGGAAAAUAAAGAAGAGUGUCCUUUGGGUGAGUUCACAUAAAAUAAAUUAUAUGGAAAGUGAGUACUGUGUUUGUUAUUUGAAGUCAUAUAUGUAGAGGACCAAAUGGAAAGUACUAUUAUUUGUUGGUGUUAUGUGCACUGUGCGAAACUAUUGAUCAUAACAAAAAAAAAACUUUAAGAAACACUAGAGGGCCUAUUAUUGAGAUGUCUAUUUAUGGAACUAUAAGUUCUUAAAUGUUACAAAAAAAAACUCGAUUUUAGAGUUUUGCUUAACGUGUCAAUGUAAAAAGUAAUUUUCGUACAUUUAAAUUAAAUAAUUUUUAGCUAAAGCUGAUGCAAAUAUACGAAUAAUAUCAUUUUGAAAGUAAUCCAACAAUUUUCAAUGGCGCAUUAUGCUCGGCGAUUAAAUCAUGGUAUUUUUUUAUAUUUAUUUUAUAAAAUUAUAAAUUUGUUAUUUUUUUUAUCGUUACAAAAAUGCUCGAAUAUAUUUCAUAUUGCGUAUUUCGUGUCAUAAAUGUUACAAAUUAAUGUAAUAUCAUGAAAUUUGGCUAAUUAUUGAAAUUAAAAUUUUUUUAUUCGAUAAUUAGCCAAAUAAAAAAUGGGACGUAUAUAACGUAAUCGAAUUUUUAUAAUCUUUAUUUUUAUGGUUUCAUACAUUUAAUAUACAUAUACACAAGAAAUAACUACAUUCAGUUAUUAUUGAAAUAUUACCCCAAAAUGUCACAAGAUUGUAAUGUCAUAAAGAAAUUGGGAUCUAAUACAAAAUAAAAACAUUAUGAGACAAAACAUUGUAUUUGUUUGUAAAAUAUAAAUAAUAUGAUCAGUUGCAAGCGAUCUAUUUCAUUUUCUAUCCUUUUCGAAAGGUUGUGCGAAACUUGAUAAAAAAACUUACGCAACAUUAGUAAUUAUAAUUCAGUCUUACAGAAAGAGAAUGCAUGUUGCGUAAAUUUAAGCUUUUCGACCUAGUAUCUUGUUGAUAAUUAAAAGAAUUUUACAUUUUGUUAUAAGAAUGAUAAAAAUAAAAAAUAUAUAUAUUUAUAUUACGAUAUAUGCGUCGCCGCAUUUCGAUAUGCAGUUUAGAUUUACAUUUUUUUAAGAAUAAUUAUAAUUAUUCUCUGUGCAUUGUUUAAGAUAUUACUAAAAAAACAACACGAAUUUGUUAACAAUUAAUAACGUACGAACAAUAAGUAACAUGUAUAAUAAUACGAAAGCAAGCUUUUUGUACUGCAAACUUCUUUUGAGCUUCUGUAAAAUGAAAUGUCUUUGUCGUGUUAUGUAUAGAAGUAAUAUGCACAGUGUUUUUUUCUAAUAUAAGUUUGUCACGUGUUCUUGUUCACUAUUUCAACCUUUUAAUUUCUCUUUUUUCGUCAAAAAUGAAACACAUUCAUAUUUGACUAAGUUAUAAAACUUUAGAUGACAAGAUUUAAAUCAUAGGCCUUGUCGUCUGAUUUUAAAAUUUGUUUAAAAAACACUGUCAUUUUAAGAAUAUCUUUCGAUAAUAAGAGCUCUUCGUCAUCGAUUGCG